GGCAGAUUAUGGUACGACAGAGUGAGGUGGCAACUGGCAGCAGCAGAGUCCGGUACGGGAAUAAGUAGUGACUCCUUUAGUUGUAACGUUUUUAACCGGGACACGAUUCCUGUACUUCGAGGAGGUGCUACUUUCAUUGACAAGGUCCUGUGCUACCCAGCGCUGCCAUGUCGGCGAAAGCCAUCUCAGAGCAGACAGGAAAAGAGUUCUUGUAUAAGUACAUCUGCACCUCAGCGGCUGUGCAGAACCGCUUCCGCUAUGCUAGUGUCACCGCUGAGACUGACUGGGACCGCCUCACACAGGAGCACCCAUGGCUGCUGACAGAGCGACUCGUGGUGAAGCCAGAUCAGUUAAUCAAGCGGCGCGGAAAGCUCGGGCUGGUGGGCAUCAACCUGGACUUGGAGGGUGUCCGCGAGUGGCUCAAAACCCGCCUCAUGAAAGAAACUACUGUUGGAAAAGCAAAAGGCGUGCUGAAGAACUUCCUCAUCGAGCCAUUUGUCCCACACCCGCAGGAGGAGGAGUUUUAUGUGUGUAUUUACGCAACACGUGAGGGCGAUUACGUGCUCUUCCACCACGAGGGUGGAGUGGAGGUGGGUGAUGUGGACGCCAAGGCCCAGAAACUGAUGGUUGCUGUGGAUGAAAAGCUAAGUGAAGACCAAGUCACGGAGCAGCUCCUCACACACAUCCCCGAUGAUAAGAAAGAAGUCUUGGCCAGUUUUAUAGUCGGCCUCUUCAACUUAUAUGAGGACCUCUACUUCACCUACCUGGAGAUCAAUCCCAUUGUCGUCACCAAAGAUGGAGUGUACAUCCUCGACAUGGCAGCCAAGAUCGACGCCACUGCAGAUUACAUCUGCAAGGCUAAAUGGGGUGAUGUGGAGUUUCCACCACCCUUUGGCAGAGAAGCAUAUCCAGAGGAGGCGUACAUUGCUGAUCUGGAUGCAAAGAGUGGUGCCAGUCUGAAGCUGACCCUGCUGAACCCUCGUGGAAGGAUCUGGACCAUGGUGGCCGGAGGAGGGGCCUCAGUCGUUUACAGCGACACCAUCUGUGACCUGGGCGGGGUGGAUGAGCUAGCAAACUACGGGGAGUACUCUGGAGCACCCAGCGAACAGCAGACCUACGACUACGCUAAAACCAUCCUCUCUCUCAUGACACGGGAGAAACAUUCUCAAGGGAAAGUGCUGAUCAUCGGAGGAAGUAUUGCCAACUUCACCAAUGUAGCAGCCACAUUCAAGGGCAUUGUCAGGGCCAUCAAAGACUACCAAGGUCCUCUGAAGGAGCAUGAGGUCACAAUCUUUGUUCGACGUGGCGGGCCCAACUAUCAGGAGGGGCUGAGGGUGAUGGGGGAAGUAGGGAAGACUACAGGUAUUCCUAUUCAUGUGUUUGGUACUGAGACCCAUAUGACAGCGAUUGUUGGCAUGGCUCUGGGCCACCGUCCAAUCCCUAACCAGCCUCCAAUGGAUGCACAUACGGCUAACUUUCUCCUCAAUGCCAGCAACAGUGCAAAGACUCCAGCUGCAACAAGGACAGCUUCAUUCUCUGAACCGAGGACGUCUAACGAUGCCACCCCAGCCAAAAAGUGUAAAGCAGGUCUUCCUGCAGAAGCGAAAGCCCCUUCAGGCUGCAGCGGAGCCAAAGCCACCACACUUUUCAGAAAACAAACCAAGACCAUAGUCUGGGGCAUGCAGACACGUGCAGUUCAAGGCAUGCUGGACUUCGACUACGUCUGUUCUCGGGAUGAACCUUCCGUCGCAGCCAUGGUGUACCCCUUCACUGGGGAUCAUAAGCAGAAGUUCUACUGGGGCCACAAGGAGAUCCUGGUACCGGUCUAUAAGAAUAUGGCUGAUGCUAUGAAGAAGCACCCCGAGGUGGACGUCCUGAUCAGCUUUGCCUCACUGCGCUCAGCCUUUGACAGCACUGUGGAGGCCAUGCAGUACCCACAGAUUCACACUAUCUCUAUCAUAGCUGAGGGCAUCCCUGAAGCUCAGACACGGAAGAUCAUCAAGAUGGCUGAUGAGAAAGGUGUCACCAUCAUCGGCCCUGCUACGGUUGGCGGUAUUAAGCCAGGCUGUUUUAAGAUUGGCAACACAGGUGGCAUGCUGGACAACAUCCUUGCCUCCAAACUUUAUCGCCCUGGCAGCGUGGCAUACGUGUCGCGCUCCGGGGGCAUGUCCAAUGAACUGAACAACAUCAUCUCCCGCACCACCGACGGCGUCUAUGAAGGUGUGGCCAUCGGAGGAGACAGAUAUCCCGGUUCCACCUUCAUGGACCACGUCCUUCGUUACCAGGACACUCCAGGGGUUAAGAUGAUAAUCGUGCUCGGAGAGAUUGGAGGCACAGAAGAGUACAAGAUCUGCCAGGGCAUCAGAGAGGGAAGGAUAACCAAGCCUGUGGUGUGCUGGUGUAUUGGAACCUGCGCCACCAUGUUCGCUUCAGAGGUUCAGUUUGGCCAUGCGGGAGCCUGCGCCAACCAGGCUUCAGAAACAGCUGUAGCCAAGAACCAGGCUCUGAGAGACGCUGGAGCUUAUGUACCAAAGAGCUUCGAUGAGCUGGGGGACGUCAUCAAGACUGUGUAUGAUGAGCUGGUGGCCAAUGGUACCAUCAUUCCUGCCCAGGAGGUGCCUCCCCCAACUGUGCCUAUGGAUUACUCGUGGGCCAGGGAGUUGGGCCUGAUCCGUAAGCCAGCCUCAUUUAUGACGAGCAUCUGUGACGAGCGCGGCCAGGAGCUCAUCUACGCGGGCAUGCCCAUCACCGAGGUCUUUAAAGAGGAGAUGGGUCUAGGAGGAGUGCUGGGCUUGCUUUGGUUCCAACGCAGGUUGCCGCGCUACGCCUGCCAGUUCAUUGAGAUGUGCCUGAUGGUGACUGCUGAUCACGGGCCUGCCGUCUCUGGUGCGCACAACACAAUUGUCUGUGCCCGUGCCGGCAAGGAUCUUAUCUCAAGCCUCACCUCUGGCCUGCUCACCAUUGGGGACCGUUUUGGAGGUGCAUUGGAUGCGGCAGCGAAACAGUUCAGCAAGGCGUUUGACAGCGGCAUGCUGCCCAUGGAGUUUGUCAACAAGAUGAAGAAGGACGGCAAGCUGAUCAUGGGCAUCGGCCACAGAGUCAAAUCAAUCAACAACCCUGACAUGCGGGUGCAGAUUCUUAAGGACUUCGUUAAGCAGCAUUUCACCUCCACCCAGUUACUUGACUACGCCCUCGACGUAGAGAAGAUCACCACCUCCAAGAAACCCAACCUGAUCCUCAAUGUAGAUGGUUUCAUUGGUGUAGCUUUUGUGGACCUGCUCAGGACGUGCGGUGGCUUCACACGAGAUGAGGCUGACGAGUUUGUGGAGAUCGGUGCACUAAAUGGGAUCUUUGUCCUCGGCCGUAGUAUGGGCUUCAUCGGACAUUAUCUGGACCAGAAGAGGCUGAAACAGGGUUUGUACCGCCACCCGUGGGACGACAUCUCCUAUGUGCUUCCUGAACAUAUGUCGAUGUAAUCCGCACAGAGUGAGAUGCACAUCCAGAUGUGUCAGGCAGCAUUACACAUCUGACUUAACGUAUAUCUACACUCCGGUUAUGACAACUGCGGCCUUGGGAAAACUGGGCAGGGUGAUUCUGGAAAAUGGAAGUAUUGUCUGGCUGAGGGGACUGGUUAGAAGUUUUCGAUCUAGUUUUUACGGAGACAAAGGGGAAGUAUAUUUUUAGAUUUAGUUUCUGUCAAAUAAUUUAAAUUCUGAGAUGUAACUUAUUCAGUUUUGACCACAGACCCAAACCAGUACAAAGAAGAGCGGCUGCUGAAGCACAAACUCAACUCAACUGGUACUUAAAAAAAACACAAGGACGAUUCAAAGCACAUUUCAGUCCUGCAGAUUAGGUCAUCUGCAGUAACAGCUGCUGAUGUGACGAUUGUUUUAAAACUAAAUAAUACAACAUUAUGCCUUUUUCUAUACAACUCACAAAAAUCAAUUAUAAUGUAUUAUUUUAAUCAGCAUUUGCCUGUUUUAGGCCACAGGAAAGUGUACUUAAUUAUGCUUUGCUGGCUUUGUGAGUUUUGCACCUUAGUUUAAACACUAGAAACAGUGUCAGUUUUAACUUCCUUCUCUAAGUUUCGCUCCCACUGAAAACUUCUUUGUCAUCACAGAUUAACCAAAGUUAUUUUUAGGAACGUGUUGUCUUUGUUGUUUUUUUUAAAGGGUACGGUGGUUGAUAUUACAGAGCUUAUCUAGUUUUCAUGUUUGAAAAGGAGGCAUUGUUAUCUGAUGAAGGAAUUUAACAAAAAUAAGUGUCACUCCGUUAUUGCCUUUCCUAGAGCAACCCUGGUUGUAAACUAGUGGUUGAAAUUCAUCAGCUGCUGUAAAUCAGAUGCAGUUUUAAGGUGUUCAGGUCUUACACUGAAUUGAAUUACUUGUGUUGCUGUUCUGAAUAACUGUAUCAGAAAACAGGAAAAUGUAGAAGCAUCAAACGGGUACGAGCAAAAUGCUUCAUGAAUGAGCCCAGUGAGUCUUUGAAAGCAUCUUUUGGCGAGGGACCAUGAAAGCAAUUUGCUUCAUUUGAGGGAAGUUAUUGCACAUAAAACGGAUAAUACGGCAAUCGUCCAAACAUCACUGACGACUUGACACCAACUCAAAACGCUUUGUAACCGCCCACUGAACAGCCUGCUGUGUUUGAUCUUUGUUUUGCUGUUUUUAUUUAACUGUGAAAAAAAUGCUUUGUUUUUUUGUAAUAUGCUGUCAUAUUGUAGUAUAAUA